UGAACGCGCACUGACCCGGCGCCGCGCGUGCUGCGUGUCAGUAUCUGUGUCUGUGUGUGUCUCACGAGGCUGUUUGAGGAGUUCACCUGGCCGUUGCUGAUGGAAACCAGACAACAAGAUAUGUACUCUAGUGUUCUGAGUGAAGCAGAGGUGGACUGGGGCAGCAUGGGUCCCGGAGAGCAAUGGGUUAACUCAGUCACACACGAGGGAGGGCAGGAUGAAUCACGUAAGUGGACUUCAAAUGAUGGCGACAUGGAUGCCGGUCGCCAAAAUGGGGAAAACCUGACAGAAUGGGGUCAAAUGUCCUCGCCCAGGGAGUUUGGCCAGAGCUCAGCGUCCUGCUCUGACAACUGGCUCAUGUCCACGACUUGGGACAUGCAGCUAGACAGCACAGAGAGAGGACACUUCGGAGCAGGUUUCAUGGAUUCUGAGCCGCUGAAAGAGGCCGAUGAAGACCUGGUGUCAGAGGUCAACCUAACCAACUCCACCAUGACGGAGGAGGAGAGACAAGAGAUUCAGCAAGAACUGGCUAAAUUGGAAGAGGAGAUCGGCACACUGAGGCAGGUUCUGUCGUCCAAAGAGAAUCAGCACGCCGAGCUCAAACAGCAACUGGGCCUCACUCCUUUGAGUGAGCUCCGAAACAACUUCAGCAGAGGCUGGCAUGACAUGCAGAGCUCCACAGCCUACAAGAAGACAACAGAGACACUGUCCACAGCAGGACAGAGAACCUCAGCUGCCUUCAGCACCUUCGGCAACACUAUCACCAGGAGGUUCGGAGACUUGAGCAUGGUUGGUCUAGAGUUACUGUUCCCGCGGAGGUCCAACUCUAUAGGCUACUCUGUCCGACACUCUAUGAGCAUGCCCACCAUGAGAAACUCUCAAAGCUUCAAGUCCUUUGAGGAGAAAGUUGAGAAUACAGUGUCCACUAUCAAGACAAAGGUUGGUGGCACAGGACCCGGCGGCAGCUUUGAAGAAGUCCUCUCAUCUGCAGCAAAUGCCAGCUCUCAGGACACGCCCACUAACAACUUGACAGACAGCUCUGAAAGACCAUGUUAGAGCUGCAUCCCGGACCAAAACUAGGAACUUUAUCACUGCUGGAUCACAGCACUCUUGUCAUAAAUCCACUAAAAGCUCUGACUGAAACUUAAAUUUCUUUUUUUUUUUUUAGAUGUUUUUGGCAGAAAGUCUUUUACUGUAUGUGAUAAAAGUCAUCAAAGACUGACACCGUCAUUAACUCCAGUGGCCUCCGGUGACAACGCCACAUAUUUUGAUAAUUUGAGGUUAAAAGAGAGGAGUGGCUAAAUCUUGAGGGUGCAUUCUCAUUAUGGGGCUGAAGUGACUCGGAUUCGAUUUUUGUGGAAACACACAAUUGUCAAUUCCUAUUUUCAAGGUCAGAUUUGUGUCACUUCAGUAUAUGUUGUUAGACAUGCUGUAUGUUGACAUCAUCGACCUGCGUGGUAGAUCUAAACUAAAUCUCACUCUCAUAUUCUCUGUGAAAGCCUCUGUUUAGUUAAAGUCUGAUAUUAUCUUACAUAUCUCCCACUUAAGUACCAAGUGGUCUCACAAAUAUGACAUCAUUUUCUGCUCAGCACUGGUUUUCCGAUGGAAGACCUUAGUCAUUCAAAGUUCAGUGAUCAAAUCACAGACACAAAUCGAGGUCGUAUUUAUUCCAUCCUUUUGCUUUGUAAGUUUACCCUCGGUGGAAACGGUCAAACUGGAAGAUGUACAACACAUUUGACGGCCACCAUUCUGAACUUAUAUGAAAUCAAAUAUAAGUAUAUAAAGUAUAAAGUAUAUAAAAAUGGAUUUUAACGUUACAUAUUCAGCUUCCUAGUACUUAAAAAAGUACAUAACCCAGGCUGACAUGAUCAACCCAGAACUCCUAAAUGCAUAAAUGAUUUAAGACUAAAACUGCAUGUAGAUAAAUAUGUUUUUGAAGGGUCAAAACAGUCUUAAAACACAUUCAAUUGUACAGUUCUGUGCUCGUCCAUCAGUCCACAACUCAUUUACUGCUUUAUAUAACCCAAAGAAAAUUAACAUUUUGUUGCAAAAACUAGGAAACAUUUGACUUUCUUAGCUUGAAAUGAAUGGAUGAUGAAGUAGUUUAUUUCCUUUCAGUGGACUAAUCAACUAAUGAACUAAUUGUUGCUGCUCAAAAAAAAUAUUUAAUGUUUUUAUCUGACUAAUCUAUCCAUUCUGCAGGUCAAAUUAAACUAUUUAUCAUCACAAUACAUGAUUUAACUAGAUGAAUCUUUUCAAAUGUACUUGUAACAACAACAACUUUCUUUCAAAUGUAACGUUUCUAUUUACAUGCUGCAUCUAACUAAUGUAGUCUAACCUUUAUGUCAUGUACAUAUUAUUACAUUUUGUUCAUGAAUCAGUGUAAUAAUGAAUUAGGUAUAUUACAUAAUCUAGGUUUUCUAAUGACUUUGUACAUAUAAUCAUAUAAUCAAGACUUUGAAAUCUGAUGCUGGAUUUGGAUUAAAAAAAACAUUUGUACACACAACUGAACAACUGGGAAUUAGGACACGUGUCAUGGAAUUAACCUGAAAUUGUGAAGAUAAACUAAGUGUUAGUGCGUCUCCUGCUGCAGAAACCCAGGACAGUAAAUCUGAGUCAUAUUACACGUCGUAAUGGUGUCGUACUGUCUCUGCUGAAACAUAAUCCUCGACUGUAACGUGAGACUGUAAUCCAGAUUGCGCUGUCGCUCCACAAACUUCACUGUGCGGAAUUGACCUGUUGUUGAAGCUGAAAACACUGUGUGGAGUUACUUUGUACUUGAAAACCUUGUCACCACCAAAGAUGCAAACGACACGAAAACACCGGUCGAUCAUGUCUAUGCUGUGUCUUCAUUAUUAUUACCAUGUUUUCUUUCAUGUAGUAAAGACUGAACUGUUGAAAUGA